AAAGAAAAAGGCCUAACGAUGGUGAUCGACGGCAGACGCUCCCAACCAUCUGCUCUAUUCCUUUCUGCACUUAAACUGUUCCAGGUGUUGGUUCCUAGCGGACUCGGAUCUGUCUUGGUUUUGGUGGAAGAACAGCAGGAGACUCUUGCGUUUUCUGUGGAAGGAGCUGAGAUCCUCACAGUGAGGGGCACAGGAGUCCUUCAGCAACAUGUGGACCAGCAGCAGCUACCCAAAGAGCUGAACGGAGACUUCAGUCACUGUCACGCAGACUGGCUGGCCUUUAGACUGCGUCUGGAGAGACUGACAGAGUGCUGUGAGAGCACCCUCUCACUGCUUGAAGAAGCACUGCAGGCGAUGGAGACAGAGCCAAUACCAGACAACAUUAAGGCUGUUCCUCAGAGUAUAAACAAACACAGACAGCUGAUGGCGAGUGUCCUGGCUGACCAACGUCUAACUGAACUCCAGCAGAGAGGGGGGGCAUGGCUCGCAGGACUGACAAGUUGUUCAUCAGGCUUGGCACAGAAGUCACCAGACUGCAGGUACUAGGUCUACUUUCACUCCAUGUGGCUCUGUUUCUAUUGGACCACCUCAUUUUGAUCAGAUAGAAAGGACUGUCGUACGGUGGCCCUAAGGUAUAAAUGAACAACAUUUGAAAGA